AUGUUCAUUGGUGGAUUGAAUUGGGAGACGACCGAUCAGUCACUCAAGGAUUAUUUCUCUCAAUUUGGUGAAGUUUUGGAGUGCACCGUCAUGAGAGAUGGCGCUUCAGGCCGCUCUCGUGGCUUUGGCUUCCUGACGUUCAAGGAUGCUCGUACUGUUAACAUCGUGAUGGUUAAGGAACACUACCUCGAUGGCAAAAUUAUUGACCCCAAGAGGGCAAUUCCCCGAGAUGAGCAAGAACGCACAAGCAAGAUCUUUGUCGGUGGUGUCAGCCAGGAGGCCACUGAACAGGAUUUCAAGGAGUACUUCAUGCAGUUCGGACGAGUUGUUGAUGCCACCCUCAUGAUGGACAAGGACACCGGUAGACCUCGGGGCUUCGGCUUCGUCACAUUCGAUAGCGAGGCAGCCGUCGAUGCUUGUCUCGACUCGCCUCUCGAGAUUCUCGGUAAGCCAAUCGAAGUCAAGAAAGCUCAACCUCGUGGCAACAUGAGAGAAGAGGAAGAGGCUCGUGGUGGUCGAGGUGGAAACCGUUUCCGCAAAGGAGGCAUUGAUGAGAACCAGAAUGCCAAUCAAGCCCAGCAAGGUGGGGGUAACCAGAUGGCUCCUGGCAUGACUCCUCAGUUGAUGGCGCAGUACUGGCAACGAAUGCAACAAUACUUUGCCAUGAUGCAACAGCAAAUGGCUAUGGGUGGCGGACGAGGAAUGCCGGCUAUGCCAGGUGGUAUGAACCCAGCUAUGAUGAUGCAGAUGCAGCAAAUGCAAGCUAUGCAGGCCCAGAUGCAACAAGCAGGAGGAAAUCGCAGCCAGAGUCCCCAGAGCCCUGUUACGGCGAUGAACGGUAUGCAAGGCAUGAAUCCAGCUAUGAUGCAACAGAUGCAACAGAUGCAGCAGAUGCAAAUGCAAGGCAUGGGCGGUGGAGGAGGUGCUGGCAUGGCCGGAGGAAACAACUAUGCUGCAGGUGGUGGAAGCAACCCCGGUGGUCGAAUUGGCACCCCAGGAUACAAUGCUUAUGAGCAACAGAUGUUUGAGCAGCAGAAGUAUGAGCAACAACAGAUGCGACGCAACCAGGGCGGCUAUGGCCAGGCUCAGCAGAAUGGCUACGGCAGUGGUCCAACUUCUUGGGAGGGCAUGUACGACGAUGUUCCGCAACCCAUUGUUCCCAGCGGAGGUGGUGGGCGUGGAGGAUUUCAGGGUGGUGCUCGUGGUGGAAGCAAUAGAGGCUCGGUUCCGCCUCAGAACGGUCCUGCUAGUGCUCCUCCUGCCAAUGCACCCACUGGGCCGAAGAAUGCUGGCAAGCCGGGUGCAAAUUAUAGGGGCGGAGGACGGGGAAACAACCGGGGCUUCCAUCCAUACGCUCGGUGA